AUGACUUCUGAAAAAAAUGCACAGAUUGGUCAAGCCAGAGAAGCAUUUCAAUUAUUGUAUCAAAUAUCACAAUUACUAAAUACUGGCUUGGAUGCAGAAACUCUGAGGAUUUGUAUCCAACUCUGUGAACUGGGUGUAAAUCCAGACACACUGGCUCUUGUCAUUAAGGAAAUUAGAAAGAUGGGUGACACUUCUGCUCAGAACAAGCAAACAAACUUACAAUUAUAA